GCCGACAACUCCCAAAUCGUCGAGGUGCGUCGCAAGUGCCGCCGCCACCGCCCAUUUCAGAACCACGGCGCUUCCAUCGUGGUCCCUUCCUUCUUACGCUCCCAUGGAAUCGUCUGCGACCGCUGAGCUGGGGGCCUUCGCAUUCUUCAAGAAACUCGUUCACUACCUGUCGCUCGUGAUCUCGUUCUGCCUGGUUCUGCUGGCCGUACUUGGCUUUCAACAGCUCAGCCAGUCGCGCGUGAGCAGCUUUGAGCAAGUCGAGUCGACGACUAGCGAUGGGUGCCUCUUGUUUCUCGGUGUCACGUUUGGCGCCCUGCUCUUUCUUGGCGAGUACAAGUGGGAGCUGUUUUUCUACUUCUUCGGAUUCUUGCGCUACCGCUUCGGCCGCUCGAUUCUCUACGCUGUGUCUGGCAUCAUGACAAUCCUCAUGGGGCGCACUCGGUCGUCGUGCACUGGAUGCACCACGUACAGCCUUCUCAUCGCCGAAGGCGUCGGACUGCUCGUAAUUGCCGUGUUCCAACUCGUGUCCAUCGUGGUCUUUGGCAACAACACAGCCCCACAACCACCACAAGCGCCCGCGAGAACCGAGAAGCGAACGGACAGCGGGUCAAAGGCUGCUUUGGUGCCCCUCUCCCAGCGCGAGAUCAACCUCAAGUCGGUUGCGAUAUCCCAAACAUCCGCGGCACCAGCCCCACCCCCGACUUCACCUUUUGAAACCAAACUGCAGGCAAAGCCCCCAUCACCGACUUCGCCCAAGAACCCGAACAUGCCAUCGUGGAUGCAAGCCUAGCAAAGUUGAGCCAGCAAAUUCGUUCAAAUAUGUAUAUACAUGACACAUUCGUCGA